GUCGAUUGAGUACGCAAGAUCAUAUUGAUAAUUUGAACUCACGAUAUCUUUACUCGUAUUAGCUUUUUUUUUUUAAAGCUAGAACGACAGUAUAGGCACAUCAUUUUGCCGAAAGCCACAAUAAACAAAAACUGGAAAUUACUUUAUUCGUCCCUUCGUAGUAAUUUUGAGAGAAAAGGUCAUCGUAGCUUCGGGUUUAGCGUAAAUCAAGUGAGAGCAGACGACAUAUCACCAUGUCUGGGCGAGGAAAAGGCGGGAAAGGACUGGGGAAGGGCGGCGCCAAAAGGCACCGGAAAGUGUUGCGUGAUAACAUCCAGGGGAUCACCAAGCCAGCAAUUCGACGCCUGGCCCGGAGGGGAGGUGUCAAGAGAAUCUCCGGUCUCAUCUACGAGGAAACCCGUGGCGUUUUGAAGGUUUUCCUCGAGAACGUUAUCAGAGAUGCUGUAACCUACUGCGAGCAUGCCAAACGCAAAACAGUCACUGCGAUGGAUGUAGUUUACGCCCUCAAGCGACAAGGACGGACUCUCUAUGGCUUUGGCGGAUAGGUGGUUCGGGCGAAUAGGGGGAAAUCCAUUCUCGACAUCGUCAUAGCAACGAGAAUGCGUCCGUAGCAACGUUGCUGUAUGGUCAAGGACUGAAAUCUAAGAUCUGUUUUUGACAGCCUGUCGACAUAAUCGCAUUUUCUCCCCUGAUACUCCCACCAUGCUUCUGCAAAUGAUACAGUUAUACCCGUGAUAUUUCAUUUUUCAUUUUCAUUUAUUUUCAUAUUUCUCAUGUUACAUAUACAUUUCAAAAUAUUAAUUUUUUUUCUUCAAUAAUACAUAAUAAAUAACAUAAAAAUAAGAAGUCAAUAUAUAGUUCUGAUUUAACAUAGAAAUAUGAUGGGACCUGUAUCUAAGCAAGCUUGUAAAGUUGUAGGCCCCGGUGAAAUAAUUUGUGGGGAUUAAUGGAGGACGGAUAUAAAUACAAGUGAUAUGUUGCCAUUGUGUUGUAUAGUAUGGCUUCAUUUAGAGACUAUACAGACUAAUCUGAAUUUGCCAACAAGUUAUUUCUUGAACAGAAUUGGUUUUCCGUAUUUAUUUAUACAGUAAGGCAUUAUUGUAUCAUCCGAUUUACUUUAUGUUUUCCUUUAUGAUUUGAUUAAAAUAAAUGUCUUUUGUACCUAUGUUACACUGAUUAUCAACAUUUGAAUAUUAUACUCAAAACGUUGUACUUUUAUAUAUAAUAUGUAUCAUACAAAAUUAUUGUAAUAGGCCAUUUUCGUAAUGUGAUCAAAUUUAAUGGAUAAAUCUUGGUUAAGUGCCUCGUUACAAAUUAUUUCAUUCGAUUAAUUAAUCGAAGUUGAAUGCACUCUGCACUCUUUGUUCAGAAGUUAUGUUUUAUUACAUAUUACUUCCUUUUCACAACCAUGUCUACCUCACUUAUUUAAUAUUGUAGAAUAGUUAGUUUGGUGUUUGUUUGUUUCAGUGUUUAAUUUGAUUUGUCAUCGUUGAUUAUUGUUUGGAUUCUAAAUCUGGUAUCCUGUUACUAAACGCAUUUUUCGUUGACAACACAUUUAGCCCCGGAUUGUAUGUGUAAUUUCUUUGUUUGUUUAGUGUUUAAGGGUCUUAUUCGUUCUGCAGAUGAACACUGUAGACAACCAUGAUUUACAAUUUGUAUGAAUUGUUGUUAUUGUGGUUUGAUUUUGUAUUAUUUAAUUUAAUUUAAUACACAUCUUCUAUUCAUCCCACGAGCUAUAAUUCGUUCUGAUCUAAUAGUACCUACACCGACUUAAAAAAUAAUAAGGUAUCAAAUACUUGCUUCAUAAUUUGUAAGAUAUUGGAAUUAUUCUUGAAAUGUUUUAAUAUGUCAUUUCAAUAAAUCGUAGAGAAGUAAAACUUGCAGGCGUAUUCUAUGUUAUGUCAUUUUCAUAUCUAAUCGUGUAACAAACGAUAUUAGAUCUGUAAAGCUGAUUGCAUUUUCACAACUUGUGUGUUUAAGAUUUU